UGAGAAUCGAGAGAAUUACUUUGAAAUGCCACGGUGAGCCGGCGUUUUCUCUAGGUCGUGUGCACUGAGAGGGCAUCUGCCGCUUUAUACGCUACGGGCCUACGGCGCCAGCCACUGCCAUGCGCGCAGCCAUGGCCCGGCUGCAGGAGGUCCGUGGAGAGGCGACCAUCUGCUCCUCCAUGCGGGCCCUGGACUAUCUGUCCCGCGUCAGUCUGCUGGUGGCGAUCUGCCUCGGGAUAUAUUCACGAUGGGAAAUCAGCCAAGAGGCAAACAUGCUCAUCAUCUUCGUUUUGGCCCUCGUUGUCCUUGGAUUAGCGAUUACAUUACACUGUUACUUCCACAUGGAGAAAGUCAGCCAAAGUCUGAUCCACCCGUGGCAGGGGUCUCUGUUGGGUCUCCUGUGCUUCGUGGGUAGUCCUGCCCUCGACCACGGCGUGAAGGAGCAGACCACCAACUACUUGCUCUUGACUAGUAUUGUUCUCAGAACUCUCUGGGCUCUGCUGGAGCGGAUAUGCGGAUGCGCGAAGUACCGUCCGACUUUCCUCACCACGGCGGAGCGGAUGGAACUGGUCGGCUUUGGCAUAGUGUCAUUCGUGGUCAGCAGCUCUCCGAGUGUGGCGGUGUUUGUCGGUGCGCUGGCGGUACUGAUGGUCGUUCUUCGGGUGAAAGCUGUCCUCACAAUUCCCAACCUAGUCGGCUUCGUUAUCGUCGGCGUAUUCCUGGUCAUCAAGGGCCUGGACGUGUCCACCAACAAGUUUGCCUUGGCGUGUUUCUUGAGCCAACUCAUGUGCGACCCUCUACUCGACUACUGCUUCAGCGGCUCGUCUGUGACCGAGCGCUGGCAGCCGUUCCUGGCGGCUGGAGGCUGGCGACGGCUGUCCCUCCUUCCCCUACUGCUGGUGGUUGAGGUGACGUUCCUCGUUCUGGCCGCGUCUAGGCUGUCGGACGGGGGGCCGUUGUACCUGAUGAUUCCAGCCUUCGUGGUCUGCAUGCUCUUCUGGGGCAUCAUCCACCUGGUGUUCUUAAUCACCUUAUGGGGCUUCCACACCAAAAUCAGCGCCUGCCAGAGAGUGUGCUUGGCCCAGGGGUCAGGGUUCAACAGUCUAGACAAGGUCAUGGCAUCCAAGGGCGUGCGACACUUCUGCCUCAUCUCACAACUCCUCGUUCAAUUGACGCUGCUGUCCACCUUCAUGAUGGCAGUUCUGGCAUGGAUGUCGGUCUGCAGCCUCUCCAUCAGUGUGUCCCUGCUGGUGCUGCUCUUGGAGUCCCUCUUCCACGAGCUAUUCUACGACUUGGGCAACAGUCUGAAGGGAACCUGCGUGGGCUACGCUGUGGUCAUCCCCACUUAUUACUCCAGCCUCGACGGCCAGCCCAUGCUGCUGCCCCCGGACCAGGUGCAGCAGCUCAACCAGCGCUCCACGGACAUGUUCAACAAGGUGCAGCUCUUCUUCGCCCACCACAUGAUCGAGAACUUCGGCUGCGACUACUCCACCAGCGGGCAGAGCCUGGAGGCCAUGCAGGCCAAGCUGCACAGGUUCCUGGAGCAGCGGACGGCCGACGGCCCGCGCCACGACACCUACGUGGUGUACUACAGCGGACACACGCACCGCACCGGGGAGUGGGCUCUGGCAGGCGGUGACACCCUGCAGCUGGACCAGAUCGUCAAGUGGUGGCGGGAGAAGAACGCCGGGGCCUGCUCCCGUCUCAUCCUGGUUCUUGACGUGGAAAACGCCCUUCCCUGGACCCAGGAGGUGGGCCGCGUCGAGGACUCCGGCCUCUAUGUGGCGGUGCAGGGCGCCACGCUCUCGCCCGCCUCCGACCCAGAGGUGCAGGACGCCGGCCAGCUCGGGGACUUCACCCACCGCUGGGUGGAGUUCAACUGCAACCCCGGCGCCGACAUUCGCUGGUCGGAGCCGGGCCGCCGCGUGUCGGCUGUCUACGGCCUGUCCCACCACUGGGGCGCCUACUCGCUGCAACUGCCUACUGAGGGUGACGUCCACAGACACUGGCAGACCUACUUCCCCAGAUGCACCUGGCCAAGAACCCAAAAGUCAGCUGACGCAGACCUGGGCUGCUGCGGCGUCUUCCAACGGUACCUGCGGAGGCUCAAGCUGAAAUGGUUCCCGCCCGCUAUCCUAGACACGGGCCAGGGCUUCAAGCUGGUCAGGUCCUAGCCCCCUGCACUCGGUUAAAGGCAUGGAUCUUCAGAGUCAGGGAGAUUAGAGUGUAUGUAAAGAAAACCCAAACAGAAUGGAUGAGUAUGCUUUAUUACUUUUAGAGUACAGAACGUUUUGGUUAAGUCGUUAAUUUACAAAGGGGAUUCGCGAAAUGAGAUUGGCGCUAGACACAGUUUUAAGACUUAUAUAAUAAUAAUAAUAAUGGAUUGAUUGAUUUGAUUUUAUAUUAGUGUCGUUUUUUUAAAAAAAAGGGUGUUAUUUGUAAUUGGCUUGCAUGCGUAUUCAAAAUAACAUUUACUAAAUUGAGACCGCUAUGCAAAAAAAAACUGAUUUGAAAAACUUUGCAGUUAUUUAUCCAAUCGGCCCCUAAUAAAGUGGGAUACACUGCCAUCAUGUGGCAUAAAAGCAGUAAAUACUUUUUCAGUCCAGGCACCACAGGCUAUUUAUCCUAGUUAUUGUUUAUUUUAUUGAAAACAUUAUAAAAUAAGGUACAGCAGCAUUUCAUAUUUGUAUUUCCAUCUAGGACAGUCACUCGUAACUAACCAAGUGCAAAAAAGAAAAGAAAAAAAAAGCUUAAGCUUGUCUGAUCGCCAAGGAGAUGGGACCAGGGAUUUGUUUUGUGUACACGAUUGCCA